GGCGGCGCCUGGGGCCUGAGGAGGCGUCGUCCCCUCGGGCUUCGCCUGGGGAGCGCCUCGGGGCGGUGCGCCUCAGGCAGCUCAGGGACUGCUGCGGACCGGGGCCGGAUGUGACCUUCUCCUGCCUGGAAUAUGUCAAGUUCUUAGAAGUUUCAGUGCACACCUGAGGUGGCAAUUUAUAUAAAGAAAGCACUGGGACUGUGGCCACACCUUCAAGAAUAAAAAAAAAAAUUAGAAAAUGGAACAGCCCUCUAUAUUAUGUGAGGAAGAACAAGAGCCUGAACCACAGCAGAACAUAGAAGAAACCAAAAAAGUAGAUGAUGAAGAUGCUGAGCUGAUCUUUGUUGGGGUGGAACGUGUAAAUGACGAUGCUGAGCUGAUCUUUGUUGGGGUGACUUCAAAUUCAAAACCAGUUGUUUCAAAUAUUUUGAACAGAGUCACCCCAGGUUCAUGUUCAAGGAGAAAAAAGUAUGGUCACCUCAGAAAAGGUACUACUCACAAAUUUCAGCCUAUAAGUCAUGUGACCCCUAUAUCAGAAGCAGUGACUGCCUUGCCAGUUUCUGAAUCUGAAUCAAGAUCAACAGAUAGUCCCAUUAUUAUUGAGCCUUUGUCUAAACCCGAUUAUAAAAAUAAUUCACCACAAGUCGUGCCUAAUAGCUCUUCAGAGUUAUGUUCUCCUUUGAUUACAUUCACAAGUUCAUUACAGCAUCCAGUAGGAACAGCACUUUCUGUAGGAGGUAUGAAUAAAAGUCCUUGCAUAUCAAAGCAACUCUCCCCUGCUGAAGUAAAUGACAUAAAUCCCAAAAGGCCUAAACUCAGUGAUGGAAUCAUAGAGGGACAUGCUUCAGCUUUGUCCCCUUCAGGUAUCUUUCAUACAAUGACUUCGCAGCAAAGCACAUUCUCAGACAGUGUUCAUACCUCAUUAAGCCAUGUUCAGAAUGGAGCACCUUUUCCAACAGCUUUUCCAAAGGACAGUGUCCAUUUCAAGCCUAUAAAUCCUGUUAAGGAAAAUAGACCGGCAAAAACAGACUUUUUGAGUCUAGCAAGUCAAAACCAGAUUGUUGAUCCCAAGAAAGGAAGUCUGGUCAUAUUACUUAGUGACUUUUAUUAUGGGCAACAUAAAGGAGACGGUCAGCCAGAAGAGAAGACUCAUACAACCUUUAAAUGCCUCAGCUGCUUGAAAGUUCUAAAAAAUGUCAAGUUUAUGAAUCACAUGAAGCACCAUUUGGAACUUGAGAAGCAGAGGGGUGACAGCUGGGAAAGCCACACCACCUGCCAGCACUGCCACCGACAGUUUCCCACUCCCUUCCAGCUGCAGUGUCACAUUGAAAGUGUACACACCAUCCAGGAGCCUUCUGCUGUCUGUAAAAUUUGUGAAUUGUCAUUCAAAACAGAUCAGGUUCUCUUACAGCACAUGAAGGACAAUCAUAAGCCUGGCGAAAUGCCCUAUGUGUGCCAGGUUUGCAAUUACAGAUCGUCAGCCUUUGCUGAUGUGGAAACACAUUUCAGAAAAUGCCAUGAAAACACUAAAAAUUUGCUCUGUCCAUUCUGUCUCAAAAUCUUUAAAACUGCAACACCGUACAUGUGUCAUUAUAGGGGACACUGGGAAAAGAGUGUUCACCAGUGUUCCAAAUGCCGGCUACAGUUUUUAACUUUUAAGGAGAAAAUGGAGCACAAGACUCAGUGUCAUCAAAUGUUUAAGAAGCCUAAGCAACUAGAGGGAUUGCCCCCUGAAACAAAGGUUGUUAUUCAAGUGUCACUGGGACCUCUUCAACCAGGAUCAGUGGAAGUAGCAUCCAUUACUGUGAGCACAUCUGAUUCUGAACCAUCACCCCCCAGAUCUAAAAGUAGAAUUUCAAAAAAACCUCGUUAAUUCUAGUUUCAGUAAAUCUAAAGCAGGUAUUUCAAUCAAAAUAAAAAAAACCCAUUAAAAAAAAAACCAUACAGUAUUCAGUAGCAUCAAAAAUAGUGAAACCAAUGAGUCAUUUAUGAG